UCGUUGUGAAACAAGACCAAUAUUGCAAACUAUAGUUGAGCAUGGAGGAUUCGCGACAGGACUUUCAGCGUAUUUCGCGGUAUGAUAUUGUGUUGGCGGUCCUAUAUGGCGUUGUUAUAAUAGCGGGUAUUUUCGGCAAUUCACUUGUCAUUGCCGUGGUUUGGAAAACGCGCACAAUGCACACGGCUACGAACUAUCUGCUUGUGAACUUGGCGUCUAGCGAUAUUCUCGUUUUGUUAUGGUGUCCUCGCACUUACGAUUUCGUUGUCACUGGAUCGCUUCCCAAAGGCAUAACAGGCGACUACUUGUGCAGAUUUUUAAUUGCUGAUCCAAUGGAUAUUUUAUGUCUUGGAGUUACAUUAUUUACACUGACUGUACUAGCUGUAGAGCGGUAUCAAGCGCUCGUAACACCCCUAAGCACCAAAUAUAAGCUUAGCAAGGAGAGUGUGAUGUACGCUAUUGCUACAACUUGGAUUGCUUCUUUACUUAUAAGUAUUCCAGACUUUAUUUUCACUCACUUCGAUGGCAAUCGUGGAAAAUGUGUUUCACCCUUGGGACCUGAAGUGGACGCUGGUAGCGACAAAACUUAUGUUGUAAUUGCAAUCAGUUUGUACAUCUUCAUACCGUUCCUAGUCAUCACAUAUUGUUACUGUCAGAUAUUGCGAGGAAUGUUUAUCACUCAAACCAUUUGCGCAGGACCAGCAAACGUGAAUUCGGAGAAACGAAAACUUGCCGUUCUCAUUAUUGCUGUAACAGUUGUGUUUUAUAUCUUAUUUUUGCCUUUUGCGAUAUUUAUGCUGCACGUCGCUUUCACAAACCACUUAGCUAAAGAGUAUACAGAGAAUGAAAGUAACGUAGAAGUGCUGAAAGUUUUAAGCUUUCUUAUUGUUGCCAACAGUUCUCUAAAUCCUGUACUAUAUGCUUUUCAAAGCGAGAAUUACCGGAAAGGCUUUAGAGGUUUGUUCUGCCCUAAGAACUCUGUCGGCCAAAUGCAAAAUUACCCUCUCGGGUGAGAGAUAAUCAAGCGCGAUAAUCAACUGCGAGAUGAAGAUGAAGUUGUCUUCAAGUGCGAUUUGCGAUGGAAUCUGUCAGAUUCAAUUCCUCUGGAUUUCAUCAUCAGCGAGAAAAGUUAUAUUAGUGAGGGGCAGUUUGAAAAGGAGUCGGGAACAUUCUGAGGUGUCAAUGUACUCUUCUCUCCUAUCCGUCAUUAAAUCGAAUUAAACGAAUGUCGCCAACCUCGUGAAAAUGAGGUGAAGAUGGAGGCUUCAAAGAGGUCGUACAGGAUCAGACAGUGAAAAACGUGGCGGAAUUUUUAUCCAUAUCGACCCGACCUAACGGAGAAAACGUGGCGUUAAUUAAUUCAUUUAUGUUUUUACAGCUAUUUCUAGAAAGAAAGAUCCGCUUAGCGAUCACAAAACAGAGUGUAAAUAACAUUAGUCAGGUUAUCCUUUGCUGCAAUAUUACAUUGAACUUGUUUACACAAGGAACGCAAACUUUUCAGCUUUCUUUUCCUUCCACAAAAGAUCACGAGGCGCGUUCAUUCUCGUAAACGUCGGUUGUCCCUAAGAUAUAUAAAUACCGUGGAGCACACGAUGAAACUUUUAUUUAACAUAUAUAAACCUAAAGGUUUAGCCCACACAAACAUCAAUAAUAUAACACAAUAAAAC